AUGGGAAACUCACAGACCAAAGAAGUCAUCAAAUAUGUUGAAGCGCCUAAACCUCCUCCAACUCCAAUGUUUGAUAAACCUUGGAGAACGAUUGACUGGGGACAUAACUCAGGUCUUCUGGAAGAGUUGAAGGAGUACAAGCCAGAAGCUGAGGGCGUGGAACACUUGCGGGUCCUGGUUUACGGCCCUGUUGGAGCAGGAAAAUCCAGCCUCAUCAACUCCAUGAACACUGCUCUCAUAGGCAGGAUGGCUAUUCCAGCGGGUGUCAAUAACACCCAGGCAGACGAGGGAAGCUUCACUCUCCAGUACAAAACUCACCGAAUCCGAAAAGGACGAGGAAGUUCCAGGAGUUAUUUUCCUAUUGUCUUCAAUGACAUCAUGGGGCUGGAGAGUGACCAGAGUGUGGGCGUCCGGACUGAAGAUAUCAAACUGGCCAUGAUGGGACACGUGAAGGAGGGCUACAAGUUCAACCAACUGUCUCCACUCUCUCCAAGUGAUAAAUACUACAACCCCAACCCCAGACCAGAUGACAAGGUGCACGUCCUGGUUCUCCUGCUGUCCACCAACUGUCCAGAAACCAACUCCCCCAUGAUUCAGAAAAUGAAGGAGAUUCGACAGGCUGCAAGAGAUUUAGGGAUCCCCCAGAUUGCUGUUGGCACACACAUUGAUGAAAUCUGUGAUCAAAUCGAAAAGGAUGUCAAGAAUGUCUACAUGAGCAAGUCUCUAAAGAAAAAGAGCACGGGCACCAUCCUCUCCGGGAUACGAUACAUCCGCUGCCGUAUCGGAGUCUUGUCGAUCAGAUGA